AUGUUAAGUCUAUUAUUUUUGUCUAUUUUGCUUAAAUUAAGAAUUACAUUAGCAGAUUCCAUACAGGACCCAGGUCUCCUCUUUAAUCAUGCUGGAAAAGAAAAUAAAUCAUAUGUUUUAUCAAUUCCUAAAACUACUAAUACUCCAGUAUCAUACAAUGCAACUUAUAUAGAUAAAGCGGAAAAUAUCCUUCGAAUACCAAAUAUUAAGGACAAUUAUGAAGAGCAAAAAAGCAAAAGAAAACUAUUAAAAAAGUCACCGAAAAGAACAAUACAAAAGAUAAUAAAAAAGAGCAAAAGUAGAAGGAAGAUGUAUUUAAAAUCUCCGAUGAUUUCAACUACACAGUCACAUGUGAAGAAAAUAGAAUCAUUGGACCAAAUUCAUAGAAACGAGGAACUAUCAAAAAAGGCAACGAACGAAACAAAAUUUGAUGGAAAUCAGAUGAAACAUCAAAGAAAGUACAAUAGUAAGUUAGUAAGAUAUUCAAUGCCAUUUCAAAAAUUAGCAGCACAUAAGAACACAAAUUUCAACAGAAGGAAUAAAAGGGAAGUAAAAAGAAAAUAUGUUUUUAUAUUAGAAGAUUUGGAUGACAUAGAAUUUUUAAGUGAAAAUAAAGACAGUAAUAUUGUAAAAGCACAUAUAAAGCCGUAUUGGAAAUGA